ACCUCCUCGCGGCGCGCGCGGCUCAUCACCAAGCGGCGGUACCUGAAGCAGGACUGGUGCAAGACGGAGCAGCUAGUGCGGCGGCUGCGCGAGCCCGGCUGCCGCUCGCGCCGCGUGCUCGACAACUUCUGCUACGGCCAGUGCAACUCGUUCUACAUCCCACGCGAGGGCCGGCGCCGUGGCCUGGAGCCGUUCCAGUCGUGCGCCUUCUGCCAGCCGCGCAGCUGGCGCACCGUGGCGGUGACGUUCCGCUGCCCUGGCCAGGUGCCGGCGCGCCGCCGCCGCCGCGUCCGCUUGGUCAAGCGCUGCCGCUGCUCCACCGAGAAGCUGCAGCGCUGA